AUGUUAGCUUUCGACAACAUCACGUGUGCUGGACAAGUAAGUGAGAGCUUCAAGAAGCCAACGAAUGUGGUGAAAGAUGUUACUGGCUAUGCUGAGUCAGGCGCGUUAACUGCGGUAGUAGGAGCAAGCCGGGCUGGCAACUCCGCAUUCCUAAGCGCUCUGGCUGGUGAAGAAGAUCCGACGGUGGGCAAAAUAUUCUACAAAGGGAACGAAGUCAGCGCUAUGCUGCGGCGUCAUGCCACAGGAUACUGUUGGUUUGGUGCUGAACAUGUUGUUUGGCAUGGAACGACCACACUCGUGCUCUUUGGUGGAGGCUCGCCUUGUUGCAAUUGGGGUGGAGCUUGCAUUCUCUCCAAGCAUACUUCUUCUGGCCUUGACGCGAAUAGUGUGCAAAGAAUUAUUCACGUGUUGGAACAAGUGGCUCGUAUCGGCCGGACAGUCAUGUGUAGUAUGCCUGAUUCGGAGUCGAGCGCGUUCGAUCGAGUACUACUGCUGUCGAGUAAUGGCGAGACAAUUUUUCAUGGCAAAACUUGCCUGAUGGUGCAAUACUUGAGAGCUCUCCCGGGUGUAAAGAGGUCGGGCAGUGGCAAAACUGUUAUCACAUGGGCGCUUGAAAGUUUGGGUAAAAGAUCUGGAGUCACGACGGCAACGGCUAGAGGCUGUGAAGCUCGCAUGGACACGAAGAAGAAAAAAGGUCAACGUGGUGGCUUAAUCUUGAAUACUAUCGACAUUGUAAAUAGCGAGAAGGAGACUCGCUUUGUGUGGUCUUUCCAGCGCAGUGAAACUAGGAAAAGACUGCUUUCACAAAUGCAGCGCGUGGGCUACCUGCAUCCACACUUGAAAGAGCAGCACGUACCGGGACUAAUCGCAGCUUACAAGAGUGGAAACCUGCGGGCGCAGGCGGCUUCAUGGCACAUGCAGAUAAGGUGGCUCAUGCGACGCGAGAUAUUAUCCUACUGGUGUAGCUUGUUUUUACUUAACUCGGUGGCAACGACCAUGCAGUGGCAACUCCUAGUACUCAUUAUAGCGUUCAUAUGGUUCGUCUGGGUCUGCCUUCCAACAAGGAGCACAGAGUAUGAUACUUUCGAUGGAGUGAAUCAUGGUAUAAUGCUAAUUGCCUGGUCAACUCUUUUAUUAGGAGCUAGCUUUGCGCUCAGUGCAAUUGCCUGGUCUGGUCACAGAAAUGCUUGGAGGGAGAAUGCGUACUGGUGCCGUGAGCGAGCUUGGCGAGCGUAUCUUGCAGUGAUUUGUCACGUCUGUUCCAUCGCUGUGGAGUUGGCAUUUGUGCUUGGGAUCACGCUUGUAGCUGCAAUGGUCACAUUCACAUCUUGGGUUUUGGCGGUUGCUAAGAGUGGCAACUUUGCACUCUUCUGGUUCCUCUUGCAAUCUUUGCUCUUGGAUAGUGCUUUGAGCAGACUGACGUCGUUGAUAGUGUCGCUGAUGCCUCAACGCUUUGCGCUUCCGAUUCUGCAAGCACUCAUAUUUGGUGCUGCCGCCGAGUCUUGCGCCUAUGAGGCGUUCAAGCUGAACGUGAAAUGCCACGCCGCGAUUUACGAUUGA